GAAUGUGAUUAAAAAUAACUUUCAAAAAGCUGCAAAUCUACUCGUCAAAGUAGAGUCGGCAGCAGCAACUGGUGGCUUUGUGGGACUCAGCAGAUUAUACAGUACUCAAAACCAAACCACAGCAACAACAAGCGCAACAGGGAAAACACGUAAAAUGGUGGUUAAGCUCAACGAACAGGAACGUGCCGAGAAGCUGCAGCCACUGCUGGACGCUGGCUGGACAUUGGUGGAUGGUCGCGAUGCCAUUUACAAGCAGUUUGUCUUGAAGGACUUCAAUCAGGCGUUCAGUUUCAUGACUGGCGUGGCCCUUCUUGCCGAGAAAAUAAACCAUCAUCCGGAGUGGUUUAAUUGCUACAACAAAAUCAACGUCACUCUCUCCACUCAUGACGUGGGCGGCUUGAGCUCCCAGGACAUUCGAAUGGCCAACUACUUUGAAAAGCAGGCUGAUUUGUUGAAAUAAUUCAUAUUUUUUGCAUUCUCUAUGGUAAUCUAAUAAAUACUCAGCCCAAUGUGGACUUGCUAAAGA